GUCUGGUUCCGCUAAGAGAAGAAGACAUUUUGUGGAAAGACAGCGUAGAGAGGAUACACACAUACACACGGCGGUUUUUUUUUAGGAUUAAACAUUUUCCGGUUGUUUGGACGGUUUAAUACAUUUCAUUAAGAGUAUUUUUUUUAAUUGAAGCCCUUAGUUUCAACAGAUUUAACGCUAGCGAGCUAGUUUCGUCGGAUUGGCUUUGCCAAUAAGAUUCAUCGAUUAGCUUAGCUUUAGCAUACUCGCCUCCGCAUUGCUGGGCUAGCAAGCACAAAGCUAAGCUAAGCUAGCACAGACACCGCAUUUAGCUAACCGGCUAAAUCUCUUCUUUUUUUCCAACCACAGAGACAGAAUGGCGUUGAAACGAAUUCACAAGGAGCUGACCGAUCUGGGUCGGGAUCCUCCAGCACAGUGUUCUGCAGGGCCGGUGGGUGAUGACUUGUUUCAUUGGCAAGCCACAAUUAUGGGACCUAACGACAGUCCAUACCAGGGAGGCGUGUUUUUCUUGACCAUUCAUUUCCCUACAGAUUACCCAUUCAAACCGCCUAAGGUUGCAUUCACCACAAGAAUUUAUCACCCAAAUAUUAACAGUAAUGGCAGCAUCUGUUUGGAUAUUCUAAGAUCGCAGUGGUCACCAGCAUUAACUAUUUCUAAAGUUCUCUUGUCCAUCUGCUCUCUGUUAUGUGAUCCGAACCCAGACGACCCGCUAGUGCCAGAGAUAGCACGCAUAUAUAAAACAGACAAUGAAAAGUACAACAGAAUAGCUCGGGAAUGGACCCAAAAGUACGCCAUGUGAUACCCGAACAAACAUCGCCCCAACAAAUCUGCAUUAUAGCUGGAAGAACGUUCUACAACUGGCUCUCCUUUUUUUUUCUUUUUUUUUUUUUCUCCUCCCCUCUCCCCUUUCAGCGAAUUGGCACUUCCCUCUGUCUCUCAGAACAAAUUAUUUUUCAUCCACUUGUUUCGUGCCCCUUUUCAAAUUCCCUGCAAACAUGUCACUUUUUAUUCCCCAUUUAAAAAAAAAAAAUAUCCAGGCUGAACUCUGAAGCAUGUGUCAAG